AUGUACACCAGCAACUUAGUCCAAAAGCUCUUCAUCCUCAUCAGCUGUUCACUACUUGUCCAAGCAAGAUCUCUUCUUGACCUGGACUUCGGCAUCGAGUUUAGUCAAAGAGAAAAUGUUGAAUUCAGCCCAGCACUCGACCUUCAAAAGCGUCAAGCCGAUGCAGAUACAGGACAUCGCCAAGGUGGCUAUACGACUUGGACAGAAGCGGAAAGUGAAGCGAAAAAGUUGAUCGGAAUGAUGACUUUGGACGAAAAGGUGAAUAUGACAGUCGGGAUCGAUCAAGAAUUUUGCACUGGAAUGACUGGUAGCGUUCCUCGUUUGGGUAUUCCAUCAUUCUGUCUUUCUGAUGGUCCAACAGGUAUUUCAGUAACGUAUAAUGUCUCACAAUUUGCAUCUCCAAUCACUUUGGCGGCAACAUGGAGCCCACAAUUGGCUUCUCAACACGGUUUGGCUUUGGGACAAGAAUUCCAUGAUUCUGGUGUGAACUUCAUCUUUGCUCCUGUUGCAGGUGGUCCCCUCGGCAGGUCUCCUCUUGCUGGAAGAUUUUGGGAGUCACUGGGUGCGGAUGAAUACUUGACAGGAGUUUUGGGAUCGCAGAUUGUCAAGGCACUUCAAGAAGAUGCAAAUGUGGUAGCUUGCACGAAACACUUUAUAGGAUAUGAACAAGAAAGCGAUCGAAAUAUGAACACACUUUUGCCGCAAACACAAAAGCCAUAUUCGUCUGACAUUGAUGAUUUCACCAUGCAUCAAUUGUACAUGUGGUCAUUCGCAGAAACAGCAAGAGCAGGCACAGGUCAAGUGAUGUGCUCUUACAACCGUGUUAAUGGCACGCAACAAUGCCAGAAUGAUGCAUCUCUCAAUGGCUUGCUCAAACAUGAGCUGAACUUCCGCGGUAAUGUCGUGAGUGAUUACGGUGCAGCAUACUCCAAUGAAGAGGCAACAAAUAAUGGUUUGGAUUUGUUGAUGCCCGGUGAAGGUCAGUUUGGCAUCUAUCCAAAUUACAGAGGUGCUCAUGGAGAAAAGCUGAAAGAUGCAGUCAAUUCCGGAAAAGUGAAAAUUGAACGAAUCGAUGACAUAGUCAAACGCAUUUUGACCCCAAUCUUGCGCUUUCAAUAUACCUCCAAGUUUCAAAACUUCAUCACGCCAAAGAUUCAUAAUGCAUAUGGCAUUGUAGGUACCCCAGUUUCGAAUGAUCUUGGCAGUAAAGUGCAAAGAGACCAUUUCAAAGUCAUCAGGAAAAUUGGAAGCGAAUCGAUUACAAUGGUGAAGAAUGAAAGAAAUGUCCUACCGUUGAGCAAAGCAAAAUUGAAUGAAAAGAAAGCCACGAUUGCGAUUCUAGGUAGUGAUGCUCACGGGUCCACAGAUCGCGGAAAAUCAUGCAACCCAAACAACGAAUGUGAUGACAUUUUGUAUGAUCAAGGAACCCAAACGGAUGGUCAAGGAUCAGCAUUUGCCUAUCCUCCAUACAUCAUCAAUCCUUUGGAUGCAAUCAAGUCUUAUGUUAAAGCAAAUGCACCGCAAGUCACUAUUCAAAGUUCUCGAGGAAAACAUUUUUCGAUAAGUACUGCUGAUCGUGCUUCGCGUGCGGUCGAUCUUGCCAGAAAAGCCGACGUUGCGAUUGUUUUUGGCAAUGCAAGGGGAAAAGAGACUGAAGAUCGUAGCAAUUUGACUCUUCGAGAACAUGCUGAUGAUUUGAUCAAACGAGUAGCAGCUGUUAACAAACAGACCAUAGUCGUUCUCCAUACGCCUGGCCCCGUUUUGGUAGAAGAAUGGAUUGACCAUCCCAAUGUAACUUCCGUGCUGUUCGCCUAUUAUCCAGGUCAAGAAAGUGGCGCGAGUCUUACUCCUGUUUUGUUUGGUGACGAAUCGCCUUCAGGUCGAUUGCCCUUUGUAAUUGGUAAAAAGCUGGAUGAUUGGUUACCCAAUUCGAUAUCCGAUCCACAUCUCACAAUCCAUCCGAGAAUCCCAUUCUCUGAAGGCAUUUUGAUCGAUUGGAAAUGGUUCGAUGCAAAAGGUAUCAAGCCUAGAUAUCCAUUUGGACAUGGAUUGUCGUAUGCUAGCUUCUCCUAUUCAUCCUUUGAGGUCCACAAAACAUUCUUGCCAGACAAGGAGACAGAAUUCACCACCAAUGAAGCAUUUGAGCCUCACCAAAAUGUCCAGGGCAGCUCGCUCUAUGAUACCGUUUUGGAAGCAAGCGUCACUGUAAAGAAUGCUGGCAAGAUGAAAGCAUCGGAAGUAGUGCAACUUUAUAUUUCCUUCCCAAAAGAUAGCACCGGAAUGACAGCGUCUCAUCUUCUUCGUGGAUUUGACAAGAAAGAGAUUGGGGCCGGUGAGAGCGUCAAAUUUACUUUUUCCAUUCGCAGGAAGGAUAUUAGUAUUUGGGAUACUGUUCAUCAGCGUUGGCGUAUACCUUCUGGAGAAUUCACCUUCUUCACCGGUCCACAAGGUGCGGCAGAUUGGGAUAAGAAGCUGCAGGCUCGCGUUAUUUUCUGA